UCUGAAAUGACCCUGAUAUGUUUAAAGGUUGAUUCUGCCUAAAUCCUACCUCAUGAGUGACUUUGGAUGGAUUUAAGGGUUAGCAAUUUGCCACACGUGAAAGGCCACCAGGUGUCACAGUUGUGCCGUUUUUCUUUUCAACCAGCAUAAGGAACCUUGUGGACAACUGGAGGAAAGGAGGGAUCAGUGGAGUGUGACUGAGUGAAGGACUGGGCUCGUUGUCACUUUUUGGAUCCGUAUCUCCGACUGAACCCACCUCGAAUCACUUGUUUAGCCUCCUGCCGUCCUCCACACACUGCGGUGUGUGAGUGGGUGUGCAGACAUGUAGGUAUGGAUGUUGACAGUAACAGUUAGGUAAAGCAGCAGGGUGUCGACAGGUAAACCGCAGGAAAAAAAAGCACAAAAAACGGGACUACACCUUGGCCGUGUUUUUGUCUCCUUCCCCAGCCGGUUUGUGGCUCUCUCUCUACCCUCCACCCUCCAGCCGCUCCUCGUCUCUGCUUUAGCCGCUCCAGCUGCCCUUACCGGCGGACUCGUCUUCGGUGUUUACCUCCGUGGUGGUGGUGGAAAAAGAAGAAAUGUCGGAGGAAAAAACGGACAUUCCCAACGAACUUUUGGAGAGCGUGCGCGAGGCGGUUGGUCGGAAGGUGAAGCUGACCCUGAGGCGCAAAGUCCAGCUGGAGGUUAAAGGUGACAAGCUGGAGAACAGAGUGCUGGCUUUGGCUUCACAUCGAGCCUAUCUGCUGACAGCACGGGUUCCAUCCAAGGUCGAACACUCCUUCAGCUAUUUGGAUAUCCAAGGAAUCAGCAGCAACAAGCCCACACAGGUGGUGCUGGAGUAUGAACGGGGGCCAUGGAGCCUCCGGUUAGGCUCGGCAGAGGAAGUGGACGAGGUGAUCGCUCACAUCGGCAGCUGUCUGCACCAGAUCUGCCCCUCUGGCUCCCCUGUGAAGGUGAUGAGGAAGUUGACUUUGAAGCCUCCAGACAGGACAGCCGCCCUCCAGGCCAAAUGGGGCGAACAGGGCUCGGCUGACCUGGGACCCUGCGGCGGUUUCUCACACCAAUACUGGUGUGUUUGUGAUUACUUGGGUCUGCCGUACAGAGAAGAGGUCCAGUGGGAUGUAGACACCAUCUAUCUCACCCAGGACACCAGAGAGCUCAACCUGCAGGACUUUGUUCACCUGGAGAACAGGGAUUUGGUGGCGAUCAUCGCAGCUUUAGAAUACAACCAGUGGUUCACCAAACUCUCCACCAAAGACUACAAACUGUCAGCAGAUGUUUGUGACCAGAUUUUCAAAGUGGUGGCUCGGUCCAACAGACUGGAAGAGCUGGUUUUGGACAACGCUGGACUCAGAAGUGAUUUUGCCCAGAAACUGGCCAAUGCUCUGUCACAUAAUCCUGCCUCCACACUCCACACACUCAUCCUGAGCAACAACUCACUGGAGGACAAAGGUGUUUCUGCUCUGAGCGCUCAGCUCGCUAAACUGCCCAUGGGUCUAAAGCACCUGAACCUCUCCAGGACCUCCAUGUCUCCCAAAGGUGUAAACAGCCUCUGUCAGGCUCUCUGUGCAAACCCAGUCGUGGCCUCCACCCUCACACAUCUGGAUCUGUCAGGAAACUCACUCAGAGGCGAUGACCUUCAGAAUCUUCACAGUUUCCUGAGUCACUCUAACUGUCUGGAAACUCUGGAUCUAUCGAACAGCGACUGCUCUCUGGAGCUGGUGUGUGCAUCGUUGCUCAGAGGAUCUUUGAAGCACCUGUCUGUCCUCAACAUGUCAAAAACAGUCUUCUCUCACAGGAAAUGCAAAGAAAUCCCGCCAUCCUUCAAGCAAUUCUUCAGCUGUGCUCAGGCUUUGACUUCUGUCAGUCUGUCAGGAACCAGGCUGCCUCUGGAGGCUCUGAAGUCGCUGCUGCUGGGACUCGGCUGCAAUCCAAACCUCAGUGACGUGUCUCUGGAUCUCAGCUGCUGUGAGCUGCGUUCAGGAGGCUCCCAGAUCCUGGAGGGUUGUAUCGCCGAGAUCCCCAACAUUUCCAGUCUGGACAUUUCUGACAACAGUUUGGAUAUGGAUCUGACCACACUGCUCGUCUGGCUGGCCAAGAACCGCUCCAUCAGACACCUUUCACUGGGCAAGAAUUUCAACAAUAUCAAAUCCAAAAAUGUGGCUCAAGUCCUCGGCAACCUGGUUCAUAUGAUUCAAGAAGAGGAGUCGCCGCUGACCUCGCUGUCCCUGGCAGAUUCCAAGCUGAAGGCCGACCUCUCCAUCGUCCUCAAUGCUCUGGGCAGCAACACCUCUCUGACCAAACUGGACAUCAGUGGCAACUCCAUGGGAGACAUGGGAGCCAAGAUGCUGGCUAAGGCCCUGCAGAUCAACACCAAGCUCAGGACGUUAGUGUGGGACAGAAACAACAUUAGUCCUCAGGGUCUACAAGAUGUAGCUGCUGCUUUGGAGAAGAACUACACCAUUCGUUUCAUGCCUGUUCCCAUCAUGGAUGCUGCUCAGGCACUGAAGGCGAAUCCAGAGAAGACAGAAGAUGCCUUACUGAAGAUGGAGCAGUACCUGCUGAGGAACCACGAGACUCGGAAAUACCUCCAGGAGCAGGCGUACAGGCUGCAGCAGGGAAUAGUCACCACCACCACACAGCAGAUGAUGGACAUGAUGUGUGUGAGGGUCCAGGACCACCUGAACUCUCUGAGGUUCACAGAGACCAACUCUGUUCAGGAAGACAUGAAGGUGGCUGAGAACCUCAUGAAGGAUGCCAGGAACUCAAAAACACUGCUCCCCAAUCUGUACCACCUGAAGAGUGGGGGGUCCAGAGGAGCUUGUGUUGGAGCCAUUCAGGAUAAACUGGAGUCAAUGGCAGGAGAGGUGGCGAGAGUGAUGGAUGAACAGCUGCAGACGAUGCUGGUGUCCAUGGUGAACGCUGCUGAAGGCCUCUGUCCUCACGUGAUGAAGAGGAGCAGCCUUCAUCAGGAGCUGCUGAAGGCUAGUGCAGGAAGGAUGACUGUACCUCGCAGCUUCAUCACCACCACGCUGUUGGAGCAGUCUGGGGUCGACAUCAUCAACAAAAUCAGUGAAGUAAAACUCAGCAUUGCAUCGUUUCUGUCUGAUCGCAUCGCUGAUGAGAUCCUGGAGUCUCUGUCCAGAUCACAACAUACUCUGGCCGAUCACCUAAUCAGGAAGGACCAACCUCUGGUGCGUCAGGAGCCCCAUAUGGAGACGGAGGUCCUGGAUGAGUCGGUUCUGCAACCGGAGAACCACAACCAGGAUCAGAAACAGGAUCGGAAACACAGUUUGGAGGAUAUGGACUCUUGCACGAUGACUCCGAAAUCCAAGAGGAAAAGCAUUCUGGUCAGGAUGUUGCGACCUGUCUCUGUAGCAUUCGAGAUGGAAUUUGACCUGGACAAAGCUCUGGAAGAGGUUCCUAUCCAUGUCGAGGACCCUCCUCUUCCUCCUCCUCCUUCUGCUUCUUCACAACCAUUGGAAAGAAUGUCGCACUAUGGAGACCUCCCACCACCCCCUCCUCCACAGGACACAAAACCCAUCUGUUUGGGUGAGCUGCCACCUGUGGAGCACAAGACGCUGGAACAUCGCACCAAACUCCGCCCAAAACCCAAGAAGAGGACAAAACCUAGCCGAUCACCUCGGGCAGCUGCUGGAAGCUCUGCUUCAAAGGAAAUGGACCAGAACAGUGUCAUGGGGAAGCUGGAUGAGGGCCUGGAGGACUUUUUCUGCAAGAAAGUCAUUAAACUCAGCUUCAAACUUUCCUCUGUGAAAGGUCCAUCUUCCAGCACUCAGGAAGCAACGGACAAAAAACGUGAAUCCAGGAAAAGCGGCUUCUUCAACCUCAUCAAAUCCCGAACGUCGCGGUCGGAGAAGAGUCACGGAGCUGCCUCCAUCUGCCCACCUCAGCCUUCUUCGACCACCACCACUUCAGGCUCAUUGCCUGAGGAGACUCCACCCACAUCCCCGACACCACCCGUUAAAACCCCUGCAACUGUGACCGAGCCUCAUCCGGAGCUCCACAAGGCUCCAUCCUCAAACCACACAGAUUCUGGGACUGAGGUGUCUCCAACUGCCACUGAACCUGCUGAGGAGGAGACAGAGGAGGAGGUGGAGAGUAGGGAGAACCUGGAGAAGACGGAGAACGCAGAGAAGAAGGAGAACCCACACAUACCCCGUCACAUUGGGGUUCCUGUGAUGGGAAUGGACCUGAUGGCUGAGAUGAAAGCCAGACAGGAGAGAAUGGCUGGAAAGAAGCAUGAAUCAUCAUCAUUACUGGACAAGGUGGACGGAGACAAAGCCAAGUCAGACGUCCACCCCGCCGUCCCAGCAGACACUGAGGAGUCCAGACCAGAACCCACUCCCAGGUCCAAACCACCGAGCAUCACACCCAAACCACCACCACCACAAGUAGCUUCCCGCACCUCUGGACCCCUUAGUCCAACUAAUCCCAGGCCAAGCAGUGCCUACGUCACAGAUGACUCCAACGAGGCUCAGGCAGGUGGCUCUUCCCCCAAAGGACCACUUCCUGCUCCUCGCCUGAAGAGGGCGCCAUCAGAGCAAGAGCAAGAGAGCACUAGUAACCCAUCAGGACCUCUGUCUCCUCUGGAAGCUGAGUUUCCUGCAGAUGGAGAUGCGUUUGAGCCUCCCACUGCAGCAGGUACUGAGGCCGGCAGCAGGCAGUGGUCAUCCCUGAAAGGUUCAUCCAGUCCUCCAGCUGCUAAGGAGGAUGAACGAGAGCGAGCCAAGUCCCUCCCAGCAUACGUGAGGCCUCCAUCUGUGGCAGAUGUCAGUACAGCAGAGGAGGAGAUCCCAGCUUCAACCACUGAUCUGAAGUUUGACAACAAAUCAGAAGAUGGGUCCAGUGAUGACGUUCCUUCAGUUUGAUGCUGGGAAGAUGUUCUCAGUCUCUUUAAAUCCUGCUCGGCGGUCCUUUCAACAACCGACGAACUUUUAAGGAGGUCAAUCACAAACAUACAGAGCACACCAGUGGUGAUUUCAUUGAUUUUUUUUUCCAGACAACACUUUGGCACAGAGGACACCAUCAGUUAUUUUUCAUGCUGUUAUCGGUGGAGUUUCCUCCUGUUGGAUCAAUCCCAGCUGUCCGGCCAAAUGGAUGUCAAAACAGCUCCAUUACUGUCUCUGUCAACAGUUCAAGUAGGACCAUAAAGAGCAGAGCAGAUGGGUUUUAUCUGUGGUUGCUCAGAUAAACACGUCCAGCUAUAAAAAGCUCUCUUAGUCCAAAGCACUUAGCAGAACGAGUCUCACUUGUUUUUUUCUUGUUUUUUUUAAUAACUAUAAGCAGGUCCAGAUUGUAGCUGUUUGGUUUUCCAUCUGUCCUGCAGGUAAACUGUAGCUGGUACUUCAGUGAGCUCUACCCGCAAGAAGUCUGGAAAUACAAGAUCUUUUUUCUAUUCUGCAAAAAAAUCAUGCGUCGCCUGGAAAAUGCCAAAAUUAGAAGCAGCAACAAGUCACACUUAUGCCGUAUGACAGGCAUCACAAUGAUUUUCCCUCCAGCUUUCAAUAGAAAUGGCAAUAUUUUCAACUUUUCCAAAAAGUGGUUAAAUAUUCUACUAGUGAUAUCAAGACUUUGCAUCAUUAGAAAUAAUUUCAAAUAAACUGACUACUAGCUUCUCAGCGAAGUGCUGAACUUUUGUUCUAUUACACUGUAAAAAAAUCUCAUUUUUUCUUGAUUUAAAUAUGCCUGUUGGGUUGAGAUUAUUCCUCACGUUCCUGUUUCAGUUUAGCUUUAUUUAAGAAUUUUGCAGACAUCCGUGUCUUCAAAUAAGAUAGAAUUGGACAAGAAAAAAGUUGCCAAAAUGACAUGUUUACAUAUAAAUAAAUGUCUAUUACAUUCAAGCCAAAAUAUUACACACAGUGCUGGUAAUUUUUUAUAUUUCACAGUAUGCCUGUGAUUUAAAUGUGGUGUUUUUGGUGACAUUCCUGCACUGGUGCACUAGUAGCAAUGUGUUUUGUGUUCACCACCAAUGUUUGGUUUGCCGGAGCUGAUGGAAAUGGCGGAGCUACAGCAACUAGGAAUAUGAUGGAGGAAGAACCAAGGCAGCGUCCAAAAGGAGCUUGAGGUGCUCCAGAUGAAACAGAAUUUUCAGAGGAAGGAUGACAGUUUGAAAAGAUCAGUGAAUGCCUGACUGCAGGUCUAAAUCUACAAACGCUGCUGGAAAACUACAUCUGCGUUCCAAAUCACAUGUUUUUGUGUUUUAACCGCCCUCAGAAAGUCUACAGUUUCAUGCAGUAUGUAAACAAUGGAAAAAAUACUACUUUGUCAUAGGAAUGCACCUUUCAGUUUCCAUGGUCUGUAUGAAAUGAGCUGUCUUCUGUUUGUACACCGUCAGUGGCUCUAGUUUGUUUAUAUGCGAAUUAUGUGGCAAAACUGCGGCAAAGGAUUGUGGGUCAGAAUGGACAGAAAAGCAUGCAUGGAGUGGGACAAAUGGGUAUUUUUACAUGCUAUUUUUGACAUUAAAUCUGUUUCUGGCAUACUGUAUAUUAAGUUAAUAUGGAUAUUGGAAAACAGCCCAUUAACUGUAUUUGAUUUCAGCCAGUGUGAAAUGACUUCACUCAUUCAGAGUUUUUCUACAAAUUAAAAGACAGUCAUUUUUACUGUCCGUAGUUGGAACUGCUGAGAAAAUUUGUGAUGAUUACUGUAAAAACUGUUUCUGGCUAGCAAAAUAUUGGCUCUGACAUAAACCAAUGUUUUGAUAAAUGGCUAAUCUGUCAAUUAUUUUGAAAAUUAAUUGAUUGUCAGAAAUUGGUGAGAAAUAUCAAUCGGUGCACAAGAUGACAGCUCCAAAUGGCUUGAUGUGGCCACAACCCAAAAAUAUUCAAGUUACAGUCCUAGAUUAAGAAAGAAACUAGCAAAUAUUCACAUUUAAGAACCUGGAAGCAGAGGAAUUUUUUACUUUUUUUGGUUUAAAAAUGACUCAAAUCGAUUAAAUAUCAUGAUAGUUGAUGAUUAAUUUAAUAGCUAAUCAAAUAAUCUCCACAGCUCUUCAAGUACUGCUUAACGUCAUUCAGUAUAUUAGUAUAAAGCUCUAAUUUUCCUGAAAGAGCUCAUAAAUCAAACUAGAUGGCUUAUAAUUAAAUAGCACAGGCACCUCAUUUCUUAUCUUAGAAUGGUUCUCAACAUUAGGAUCUUUGCCAUCGCUGCGGCGUUCAUCCUACAUGAUGUGAACAAUAUGCUCUUCUGGGGACAUCUGGAUGUGUCAAACCCUGUAUUUAAAAUAUAAAAUAUAAUGUUUAAGGGAUCAGACUUUCCCUCCAAUCAGCUUUCAGCCCUCACAGCAGCUCGCUUCCUCACAAUCUGAUUUGUGUUGACGUCGUACUGCUGCACUUAUCGAUGUAUCCAUGUAAAUAUGUACUAGCAUCUGCUCCAGGCUGUGUUUAUAGAAUAAAUGGGGUUUAUAUCAGAUGUAACUAUGUGGAUUUAUAUUGUAUUAUGAGCAAAAAAGUCACAUUUUUCAGUCUUGUUAAAUGGUGUUGGGUUUUCAUUUUACGGGGAGAAUAUUUUUGUCACUUUUAUAAAAAUAAGAGUAAGUUUUUUUUAUUCACGUAAAAAAUAUGUUUUAUUGUUUAUACGUCAGCCUAAGAAUGUGAAGCUGUCAAAUAUUUCUGUUUGUGUGUUUAUACCAAUAAAUCCUGUUUUACUGGU